GAUGCUGACGAGCAAGCAGCAGCUGAUUGGUUACGGAUGCAAGUGGAUUCUUUGAAGCACAUUCACAAAGCGUACGCUUUGGAACAGUGUAGCAGCGAAGCAGCCAGCUGCUAUCAGAAGCUUUUGCACUCUUUCUGUUUAGGUUCUACUUGGAUCACGAAAAUAAAAAUAUUGUCCACCCAUGGGGAACAACAAUGAGAACCUGCCGUGAACAGAUUGCCUUCACAGAAGUGUUUGAUGUGUAGAAGACACGUAUUGGACCUUUGCAAAUCAUUCAUACAGAUAUGAAAACUAAAUCUACAAUUUUCCGAGCUUGAGGUAUUCUUAUAGGACAUUUCCACCCUUCUAGGACCAAGUUCCAGCUUUUGGUCUUUGGUGGACUUUGAGGUGUGCGUAGGAGAGCGACAAGGUACAGGGAAUUUAGGGAGUUUAGGUUGUACACACGUUUCAUCCAGGAAGGCUUUAGGAAGUGAAAGCUUCCUUUGCUGCUAAAAAUGUCUGACCAAGAAAUUGAGGACUUUGAUGUGGACAAUAUGUCAGACACCUCUCGGAUGAUCCCAGCCCUACCACCCUAUAACAUGGAUGACCAGCUCUUGCCUAUGGAGUAUAGAAGCAGAUGGGGUUGCUGGAUUUGGACUCUCUUUGUGUCUGGUGCAAACUUUUUGGCUUUUCUGGUUAACAUAAUUGUUCUUGCUAUAAUUUUCACAAUUGUUCUCACCCCAACCAUCGUGGUGGUCUAUUUCGGGUUUAAGUGCCACUCCAGGGUGCUGCAUUCUGAUGCUUCAUACUGCAAAACCCUCCUGGACGAUAACAGCUCAUCCGCAUUGAUUAUCUUGGGCUUCGUCAUGAUGUCUCCUCUGAUCGUUCUGGCCAUGGCUUUGUACUGUGGCCUUGCCCGCCGCCUGCGGCUCUUCAUGUUGUUCCAGCCCUACACUCGGGCUCUGUAUAAAGGAGUUCGAUGGAGGUGGUAUGAUGAAGGUGGGUUAUGUAGUUGUGCCAAGGAGUGGAAUAAUCAUGUCAAAGCUUGGGUAUAACUUCUUUGAAGACUGGCGCCCGUGUCUGCCCUUGUCAUCUACCAACGGAUGCCCCCUUAAAGGAACCCAUCCUACCCUUGCCAGCACUUUGUAUGGACUCCCAAUAUCUGCCAUGGAGUAUCUGGUCGGUGCAACUCAGAGACAGAACUAACCAUGCAUCCUGAAGAAUAUUUUUAUCAUUAUUGUUGUAUACAAAUUGGAGUAAAACCAUACUUCCCUACAACAACGACGACUAAUAUU